AUGAACACCAUCCCUGAAACAAGUGUAUCAUGUGAUUUCAUGCCUCUGCGAUUUGACAGAUCGGGGUCCCGACACUGCGCGCGGUUCCUUCCGUGGAGGGAUGCAGGGCUCGUGGUCAGCAUAUGCCUGGCGGGAGCGUUCGUCGCAUGCCUGUUCAGCGGCUUCGUCGCCGAUGGAAUCGGCCGGCGCCGCACUUUUCAGCUCAGCGCGCUACCCAUGAUCACGGGAGCCGCCUUAAGCUUCCCGUGGUUCAAUUCCUCCCAAGAGCAGAUCCGCGCCAAAGGGCAACUUUUCUUGCUCACGUGGAUAACGACCACUGGCUGCUCCACAACAACGACAAGCACGACGGUCAUGACGAAGUUGUCUGCCGCCGACACCGAAGAGCAAUCAUGCCUUCUCCAAACUUGCAUGACGGGAGGGGAGGGGGCGGCCACUGCCUCCUUCACACACCAAGCUGUCGACACCGAAGAGCAAGCCCGCCUUCUCCAGAGUUUGCAAGGAAGCUUUACGUUCAGGGCAUGGUUGUUUGUAGAGAGUGGCGGACACUACUUUGAUCCUUUGACAUAUAGUUCUUCAUAAUGUGAUAGUGUAUAGGCCUUC